GGUAGGAGGGGCCAGGCAAACGGGAAACAGCAUCCACUGCGGAAGCUUUAUGCAAAAGGUCUACGCUGGCCCCGUCAAAGCUCAGCCAAGUGCCGCCUUGGUCGGUAGAACGGUGUGCGAAGCUUGACAGCCAGCUUGCGAGAUAAGCGAUACGAUGGAGACUACUGGACCGUAAAACGUAGUAUGUAGCUAACAAGAUUGUUGUUUACGUCUUCAAACGGCGCAAAACAUAUUUUGCCCAUUUAUAGCGAGCUCGCGACCAUGCUGCCUGUCACAAUACAGACCGUUGGAGGUGGUGACAUAUUUGACACAAUUCAACGAGGAAACAUUGAUCAAUGCGCGGACAUCAUUCAGCUUGACCGAUCGACGCUCAAACAAAAGGGAUGGGGCGGGUUCACGCCCCUCCACUACGCCGCGUACCAGGGGAACCGCGGGCUGGCCGCGCUGUUACUGAGCAACGGAGCGGACACCAACACGCCCUGCGACGCCGGCCAGACGCCCUUCCACUUCGCCUGCAGGAACGGAAACGUGUCCAUCAUGCAUCAGAUGCUGCAGCACGGGGCAGACCUCCAGAGCGUGGAUCAGCAGGGCAAGACCGCCCUGCACCACGCCGUCACCGGAGGAAAUGUGUUGGCCAUCCAGUACCUGCAGGAGACGGGAAUGUUCCGGUUUGCGGAUACAGACAAGUCCCUGAUCACUCCCCUGCACCUGGCCGCCUCCACGGGGAACUCGGACAUGGUCCGGUACCUCCUGCGGAACAACCGGUGCGCGGUGGACGCCGCGGACCAGCAGGGGGCGACGGCGCUGCACGUGGCCGCGGAGAAGGGGGCGGUGGAGGUGAGCUGGCUGCUCCUGCAGGAGGGCGGGCUCCAGACCCUGCACCUGAAGAACAGCCAGGGCCUGACGCCCUACGACCUCUGCCGACGGGGAACCACCUUCAGACAUCAGCAGCUUACACAGAUCCUCGAAAAGUUCAUCAAUGAGCCAAUGGACCAGAAACCCAAAGUGUCGUAUGGCAUGUACUACUGGACGCUGGUGUUCCCCUGUGUGAGCGGGGCGGCGGUCCUCCUUAUCGCUGCGGGCCUGGGGGGGUACGGCGGGGUGUUCUGCGCCCUGAUCUUCCCCUGGCUGGCCAGGAGCCUCCUGUCCCAGUACCACAGGGUCAACGGCCACCAGGGGCUGCCAAACCCAGUUUACCUCGGCACCCUGACAGCUGGGAUCUUCCACUCCUGCGUCUGCUUCUACUACAAGAUUCUGCCUGGUCUCUGGCCGUCCCCCGCCCUGCUGCACGUGUCCCUGGCGCACUUCUCGGCGGUGCUGUGGCUGUUCUGGAGGGUUCUGCGGAGGGACCCGGGCCGGCUGCGGCCCGCCGACUCGGACCCCCGGUUCUCCAGCGUCAUGAGUCUGGUGGAGGCCGACCAGAGCGGCAGCAGGUUCUGCAUCUACUGUGAGAUAUUCCAGCCGGACAGCUGUAAGCACUGCAGGCUGUGUAACGCCUGCGUGCUGGACUACGACCACCACUGCCUGUUCCUCAACCAGUGCGUGGGGCGGAGCAACCACCGGCUCUUCCUGCUCUUCAUCGUCUCCAUGGCGACGGCGCACCUCCUCUUCCUGUACGCGGCGGGCUGCUUCCUGUGGGGCCGGGGCUUGGGCCGGGGCGGGUCGGGGUGGUGGGCGGUGGCGGGAGAUGAGACCUGGGCGCUGGUGCUGACCGUCAUGAACGCGCUGACACUCGUCUGGGAGUGCUGGCUGCUGGUGGAGCAGUUUGACGCCGUCUCCAUGGGAACCACCACCUACUUCAAGCGCUGCGACGGAGCGAAGCGCCCCCUGUGGCAGAGAUGGGGAACUGCGCUCUCCUUCAUGCUGGAGGGCAGGCGGCCGCGAGCCAGCGGGAGGUCUGAGGCGGUUUAACGCUGUGUGUGUGUGUGUGAGUGUGU